AUGGAAACGGUGACAGAGGAAGUUCCCGAACCAGAAAUCAUUUACGUGACGAAAAUAAUACAAGUUUUGGAGACGGAUUACAUGUUGGAAGCACACAUUGGGGAUUUUGGUGAAGGUAAAAAUUUUCCCGCAAAGCAGUUUAUGUAUUUUGUGCGUCUCACUGAAGACGCAAUUCCCAAUUUCGAUACGUACGAAGAUGCGUUAGUCGAAAUGCCAAGUUACUUUUACAUUGGAGCCUUUUCUGCAAAAUUUUUGCAGUCUCUGAAUAUACAUGCCGCUAUGGGAAUAGUUCCUUUGAUGAAGAACAAACAGGUUGCAAAGAUACAUCGAAGACUUAUGGGUUCUGAAGUAGUGACGCCCACCGUGUCCUUCACAGAGUACGCUGGAAGUAAACCAAGUUUACGAAAUUUAUCAUCUACGUGCUUUGAUCAGGGCAGUCAAAAAUCCAUAACAAACCAAGAAUCUUCAGAAGAAAACCUAAUAGACGCUCAAGAACAAAUACGCAUGAAAGAGGAAAUGAUUAAGGAUUGUGAAGUUUUUCUAAGUGGAUUACAUUGGGCUAUUGACCACGUGGAGGAUGAUUGUAUGACAAAUACAGAAGGGCCAGAUUUUAUGCAUUUAGAAGAUGCAGUUCUCGUUAAAGAUAAAAACGCAAUUAAGAAAAUGGAAGAAAUCAUAAUGAACAAUCAAAAGCUGAUUUCAAAAGUUAUGGAUGCACAACAAGCCUUACAACCUAUUGGUAAUGGUCCAGUGGCAGAAUACGAAUUUUGGAAGGUUCGUGAGGAUAGUUUAGGGAUAUUGUUUGAACCCAUGAAAAAACUUACAUUUAUACGAAUAUGCAAUAUAUUGGAAAAGGCUAAUUCGCCAAUCAUGACUGGAUUUGUAAUGUAUCAAGAUGACUUACGUAAAGCUUACAAUCAAGCACGUGACAAUGUUAAAUUUUUAUUCACGAUUCUACGACACUUGAAGACUAUGGAACAUUGUGAAGAUUUUGUUAAAACCAGAAUUAAUAUUCCUAAUCUAUAUGAAGGACUUCAUAUGAUUUGGGUUCUAUCUCGACACUAUUGCCAAGAUGAGCAAAUGGUGCCAUUGUUGGAGAGAAUAUCUUGGGCUCUUUGCGAGAAGAGUCGUAUUGCUUUGGAUAACACUGUCUUAUUUCGAAUGCCAAUUAAAGAAAUUAAAACGUUAGCUGGGGAGGUACGAGAAAUGUUGAAAUCGUGGAAAGAAUGCUAUAUGGAAACCAGAGACAAAAUUGAGUUGUCAGGGAAGACAGCUCGUUGGGAAUUUGAUAGGAAGAAACUGUUCGGAGAGUCAGACUAUAUUGCUUUAGUUUGUAAAGAUUUAGAGGCUAUUGCCGAUAUUGUUGAUCAAUUUACAAAUAUUUUUGGACCUGAAUUGAAAUCAAUUAUGACCGAUCCGCAGAAAAUCGAUGAUGUUGUUAGAAAUUUAGAAAGCCUUGUCCAUCCAAUUGAAUUGGCUGAUUUUGAUAUUUAUAAGGAAACGUUUAAAGAAAAUUGGCAACAGAUAAUGACACAGUUUGGUAAAGAAGUAAAGCUAUUGGAGAGAACCGCAACUCUCUUCAUCGAUCAAAGUUUUAAAGUUCUAAGAUCAGCGGAGGGUGCUUUGGAAAAGUUAUUAAAGUUCAAAUUUAUGAAAACGCGUAGAAUUAUUCAUGAUCAAUUAAUGUCCAAGUUUGAAAUUGUCAUGGAUCAGUUCAGCAAAGAAUUGGCAUCAAGUGAAAAUCUAUAUUUGCGCAAUAAGAGGACUCCCAUCUUAUGCAGAAAUCAUCAAAAACACGGCGGUGCAAUAUUUUGGGUACAGCAAUUAUUUGCUAGUACUAAAGCUCCCAUAUUAAAGUUUCGAUUAGUGGAAGAAUUGAAAACGUCAACGUUAAAGUUAGAAGCUUUUAAUAUUUAUGUAAAGCUUGCUAAAAGCUUGAAGCAAUAUGAACAAAUGAAGUAUCAAGAAUGGCUUGAUGUAGCUGUUCCAAUUGUUGAAGAAACUUUAAAGAUGGAUUUACUGCGUUUAGAAAACAUUAAUUAUAAACCUGAAAUUCAACAAGCCAGUUCAAGAUUGGGCCAAAAGAAUAUUAAAAUUGUUUCCAGUUCUGGGACUUUGCGAUCUUCGAAGGCAUCUCAAUCUGAAAUGCAUGGCAUAUCAAAAAGUACCAAGAUUCAGCAGCAUAAGAAUGUUAUAUUGAUAAACACUAAAAUAAAGAAAAAUAUCACUUGGAUCGAUAUAAUUGGAACGAAAAUGCUGUCGGAAGAAAAUAUACAUUUCGUUUUAAAUUUUGAUGAGAAGAUUUACCAUUGCAUCGCUGGCGCCGAACUGAUCCAGUCGACUGGUUACGAAAUUCCGGAAAUGAUUAAAUAUGCGAGCGUCCAAAAGAAGAAGCUGAGACAGGAUGUUGAACUGGUUCAAAACAUGAUCAACACCUACAACGAUACGGUUAGUAAGCUAUCUUUAGCACAAUUGAACUUUUUGAGGGAAAUCAUCAGGGAUAUAGAAGCUCAUAUACAACCUGCCUUAACUAGAAUCAAUUGGACAUCGUUGACUAUAAAAGAAUAUACUGAGCAAUGCUCAAUUAAGAUAAAACACUUGGUGUCGAUUAAUAGACAGAUCGAGCAUACCGAGAAUUUUAUGUUGGAUAAUGUGCAACAGUUAAGGAGAUUCAAUUUGUACGAGUUUACGUUUGUCAGUGAAGAUCCUGUUAGAAUGCCAUGUAAAGAAUUUUUCAAUAAUUUGCGAGAUGUACGAACGGAAAAAGUAUGCGCGAUGGUGAAACUAUAUAAUCAAUUUGGCCCAUUGAUUAUUAAAUUGGAAGCACUGACUUUGAAAACUAAUACAGGUUCGUCGUCCCAUAUGAAGCUUUAUUACGAUUAUUGGGAAUUGAAGCUUUACAAUUGUUUUGCUGAUAUGGCAAUCGCUAAUUUGGAGUAUUUGAAUAACAUAUUUGUUAAUAAUGAAUUAAUGUUUCAAGUGGAUGCAAUAUUAAUGUCAUCAACUGUUGGUCUGAGACCUGGUCAGCAGGAAAUGUAUAAUAUAAUCUUACGUAGCGUAAAAGAAUUCAUGGAACAGUUAAAACAGUUUCCGCGUUGGAUGAAUGGUAUGUGCUUAAAUUGCGAACCACAAAAAGUGUUUAAUUCCGAUGAACCAUUUAUUCAUGCUUUCUACGACGAUGUUAUACAAAUAUCGGAAGUACAUGAAGUUAUGGCGCAGCUCCAAGGGAGUUGUUACAAAAGUAUUCUUGCCGUUCAUAAAUACCUUCAAAAGUGGAAAAAGUACAAUUUCCUAUGGAAUUUGGAUAAGGAUUUUGUAUGUGAAAGAUUUAUUGCCAAAACAGUAGUACUACCACAGUUCGAUACACGAUUCAACUUCUACACCGAUAUCAUUAAGCACAUGGAUGAGCAUACCGAGUUGUAUGAUGUUGGAUCCAUCCGUGUCAAUCUAAUACCAUUGAUGGAUGCUAUUAAACAACAUUCGAUGGAGUGGAAAAUUAUGCUUGGCUCGAAGCUAGCUGAAAGAACAAGGCUAAAUAUGUUUGAGUUCAAGGAGGAAAUGGUUGAAUUGAGAAGUACGGUGAACAAAAAUAUUAAAGGUUUAGAGCUUUUCAAAAACAUCAUGCAAGCCAUUUCAACUAUAUUAAAGAAUAAUGUAAAUUCGGAAUUACGUUAUAGUUACUACCAACAGACCUACAACGUUUUGGAAGAUCACCACAUUGUUUAUGAUCCGGAAGAUGAAAAGAUGGCUUAUAAUUUAGAGGAAGAAUGGAAAAAUCUCUAUAUGUCCGCUUUGUACAGAUCGCAAACGUUGGAAGCGACUAAAGAACGAUUUGCUCAGUUGACGUUGGAUGAAAUAAAUUCAUUCUGUGCAGUACUAGCAGAAUUUGUGCAUCAAUGGGACUUGGCUGGACCUGGUGCUGUUGGUGAAGAUCUGGACAAAGGUUUAUCGCUUAUGGAGCAUUACACAAAUGUAUUUGAUGGUCUAGAAUCACGUCGUAUUGACUUAUCUAAAGCCGAAAUGCUGUUUGAUAUACCUCUUGCCGAUUAUUCAGAAUUUUUACGAACAAAAACCGAAUUCGAAGGAUUAGUGUUGAUUUAUAAAAUUUAUGCGUCCCAAAAAAGUGCUCGCGAAAUAUGGGGUAGAACUCUGUGGGUUAAUUUGAAUCCACAAGCUUUGGUGGAUGGAAUCGAAGGGUUCAUGAAAGAUUUUCGAAGGCUGAGUAAAGUAGUUCGAAACACUCCUAUUGGUAUAAUGCUUGACACCAAGAUGAAACAAUUUAAAAAUGUGGUGCCAUUGAUGGUUGCUUUAAAGAACGAAGCUUUGCGUGAAAGACAUUGGAAGGAACUUAUGAAUAAGACUGGAAAAGUUUUUGAUAUGUCACCGGACAGAUUUACUUUGGAUAAUAUGUUCUCCAUGGAGUUACAUAAUUACCAAGAUAUGGCCGAAGAAAUAAUCACUAAUGCUAUUAAAGAAUUGGCAAUUGAAAAAGGCGUUAAAGAAAUAAUUGAAGUAUGGAAUACGACUGUAUUUACAGUUAUUAAACAUUUGAAAGGAACGGAUGAUCGAGGAUUUAUUCUAGGACCUGUUGAUGAAAUUAUGCAAAUAUUGGAUGAUAAUUCUAUGAAUUUGCAAAGUAUGGCAGGUUCACAAUUCGUUGGACCGUUCCUCCCUGUUGUUCAAAAGUGGGAAAAAAAUCUAUCGCUAAUGGGUGAAGUGAUUGAUGAGUGGUUCGGUGUACAGAGAAAGUGGUUGUACUUAGAGGGAAUAUUUGUUGGCGGCGAUAUUCGAGCCCAGCUACCGGAAGAAGCCAAAAAAUUUGACGAUAUUGAUAAAGCUUUCAGAAGAAUUAUGGUUGACACUGCUAAAAAUCCUAACGUUCUGGAUUGUUGUACUGCAUCUGGUCGCCUCAAUGAUUUUAUGGGUCUAAGCUAUGGAUUGGAUAAGUGUCAGAAAUCAUUGAAUGAUUAUUUAGAUGCAAAACGGAGAAGAUUUCCAAGGUUUUUCUUCAUUUCAACCGAUGAAUUAUUAUCAAUACUAGGAAGCAGUGACCCUGGAGUAGUACAAGAACAUAUGCUUAAAAUGUUUGACAAUAUCAAAUCUUUAAGAUUAGGCUUGGAUAGUCAGGAUAGAAUGACUGCAAGCGCUAUGAUAUCGGCAGAGAGAGAAAUUAUGGAAUUUAGAAAUGCCGUUUUUGCUGAAGGUAAAGUGGAAGAAUGGAUGAAUGAUGUUCAAUUUGAAAUGAGAAGAUCGAAUCGAUUUCAAACAAAAAAAUCUAUUUAUGAUUACGGAAAAACUCAGAGGCCACGAACGAAAUGGAUGAUGGAUUAUCAGGGAAUGAUUUGUUUGGCAGCCAAUCAAGUUUGGUGGACGGCCGAAGUAGAAAACGUUUUUGAGAAAAUUGGAAAGGGUAAUAAGAGAGCGAUGAAAGAAUAUUUAGGUCAAUUAAAUAAGCAAUUAGAUGACAUUGUUGUUACCGUUCGUGAAGAUCUAACGUCCAAUGACCGAACAAAAUUCAAAACUGUUGCAACAAUUGAAGUUCAUGCAAGAGAUAUCGUUGAAAAUUUUGUUAGAGAUAGCGUUACGGAUGCAAAAGAGUUUGACUGGGAAAGUCAACUAAGAUUCUAUUGGAUCAAUAAAUUGGAUAAUCUGUGGGUAACUCAAUGUACGGGAUCCUUUGAGUAUGGCUAUGAAUACAUGGGUUUAAAUGGUCGAUUAGUUAUAACACCAUUGACAGACAGAAUAUACUUAACGGUAACGCAAGCUCUGUUAAUGCACUUAGGCGGGGCUCCUGCUGGACCUGCUGGUACGGGGAAAACGGAGACUGUAAAAGAUUUAGCUAAGGCAUUAGCUUUGCUAUGCAUAGUUACAAAUUGUGGAGAAGGAAUGGAUUUCAAAGCUAUAGGAACUAAUUUAGCUGGAUUAGCGCAAUGCGGCGCUUGGGGUUGUUUCGAUGAGUUUAACAGAAUCGAUAUAUCUGUACUUUCUGUAAUAUCCACUCAGUUACAAACAAUUAGGAAUGCAUUGGUAAUGCAAGUGAAACGCUUUAUUUUUGAAGGUAUUGAAAUUGAUUUGGAUCCAAAAGUGGGCAUUUUUAUUACAAUGAAUCCGGGUUAUGCUGGAAGAACUGAAUUACCAGAAUCCGUAAAAGCUUUAUUUCGACCAGUAGUUUGCAUUUUACCAGAUUUGGAACUCAUCUGUUUAAUUUCGUUAUUCUCUGAUGGAUUUUUGCAAGCAAAAUUGCUAGCAAAAAAGAUGACUGUCCUGUAUAAAUUAGCACGAGAACAACUAUCAAAACAAUAUCAUUACGACUGGGGUUUGAGGGCUUUGAAUGCCGUAUUAAGGAUGGCUGGUGUCUUGAAGAGAGCUUCACCAGAUAUUUCAGAAACGUUGGUCUUGAUGCGUGCUUUACGUGACAUGAACUUUCCAAAAUUUGUUUUUGAAGACGUACCUUUAUUUUUGGGCUUGAUUCGUGAUCUCUUUCCGGGUAUGGACUGUCCUCGCGUUGGUUAUCCUGAUUUCAACGAGGCUGUGGAGAAGAGUUUGGAAAAAAGAAGAUAUAUAGUACUUCCUGAUCAAGUUGACAAGGUGAUACAGUUUUAUGAGACUAUGAUGACUAGGCAUUCUACUAUGCUUGUUGGUCCAACAGGAGGUGGAAAAACAGUUGUUAUAGAAACUUUAUGCAGGGCACAAACUUUGCUUGGUUUACCAACAAAGAUGAAUAUUCUAAAUCCGAAAGCAUGUUCAGUAAUUGAAUUGUAUGGUAUAUUGGAUCCAUUCACGAGAGAUUGGACGGAUGGUUUGCUGUCUAAUAUAUUUAGAGAAAUGAAUAAGCCAACAGAGAAGGCAGAGAGGCGGUAUAUUUUAUUCGAUGGUGACGUGGAUGCCCUGUGGAUAGAGAAUAUGAAUUCAGUUAUGGAUGAUAAUAAAUUAUUAACAUUGGCCAAUGGCGAGAGAAUUAGAUUACAAACGCCAAUUUGUGCGUUGUUGUUUGAAGUUGGUGAUCUGGCAUACGCUUCUCCUGCAACUGUAUCCAGAGCAGGAAUGGUGUACGUAGAUCCAAAGAAUUUGGGAUAUCAACCUUUUUGGGACCGAUGGGUACAAACUCGUAGCUUUAAACCGGAAAGAGAAUUUUUUGAACACCUUUACGAACAAUACGUGGUACCCUGUCUCACAUAUAUCAUUUUGGGUCAAAUUGGAAUGCAACAACUGGUACCUUUGAAGACUGUGAUACCUCAGACAGGUUUAAACUUGAUAACACAAUUGUGUUUCAUGAUAGAUUCUAUGUAUCCAGAGCAGAUUGAGAUUGUUAGAAAUGAAGAGGAAGAUGCGGUAGAUGAGAAUUUAAUAGAAUGUAUAUUUUUGUCGUGCAUUUAUUAUUCACUGGGAGCUCCAUUGGUAGCUGCUGUUAGGGAUGACUUUGAUGGAUUUGUGAAAAAGCAAUGUGCAAUGAUGAACGAAGAAGAUAAAAUAGAUAAUAAGGCUAAGGCAGGAAAGCUGCCCACUGCUUAUCCAACAUUAUAUGAUUACUAUUUCGAUAUUAAGGAAGCUGUAUGGGUGGCAUGGAAUUGGUUAGUUCCUGGUUAUAUACACGAUCGAAAGAAAAAGUAUUCCGAAAUUUUAGUUCCGACUGUAGACACUAUUCGUGUUACGUACAUCCUAAAACUUAUGAACAGCAUACGAAGACCCAUUAUUCUAGUUGGAGAUACAGGCACUUCAAAGACAGCAAUAAUUCAAGACUUUCUACGUGAUUUAAAUCAAGACGUUUUUAUUUUACUAAACAUCAACUUUUCGUCGAGGACAUCAUCUAUGGAUGUUCAACGAAAUCUAGAGUCUUCAGUUGAAAAGCGAACAAAAGAUAUUUAUGGUCCUCCCAUGGGCAAGAAACUAAUUUGUUUCAUCGAUGAUUUGAACAUGCCUCAAGUAGAUGAUUACGGAACUCAGCAGCCUAUUGCCCUUUUGAAAUUGUUAUUCGAACGUGGCGGAUUCUAUGAUCGCGGAAAAGACUUAAUUUGGAAGAAUCUUAGGGAUAUUAGUUACUUUGCAGCAAUGGGAGUUGCAGGUGGUGGGCGAAAUGAAGUAGAUGCAAGAUUUAUGUCAAUGUUUACGGUUUUAAAUCUGGCAUUCCCUGCAGAUUCCACUCUCUUCCACGUAUAUUCUUCGAUAUUGAACGGACACCUUUCAAUAUUUGAAGAAGAAGUUCAGAUUGGAUCUAGGAUAAUUGAAAUGACUUUGGAGUUAUAUAAAAUUACAAUUGUUGAACUACCACCGACACCAAACAAAUUCCAUUACAUAUUUAAUAUGCGAGAUCUUUCGCGUAUUGUUGCAGGAAUGUGCGUAACUGUACCUCUGCAUUAUAAGUUUCUUCAUCAGAUAUUAAGGGUAUGGAGAAAUGAAUUUAUGAGAGUUAUCUGUGAUAGAUUGAUAUGCACGGAGGAUCAAGAAUUAAUGAGAAACCAUCUUAUCGAUGUAAUCAGUAGAACAUUCCCUCCACCACCGCCACCGCAAACAACUUCUGUGAUGGAAACUAACGAGGAUGGAGAAAUAAUAUACUCGCCCAGCGAAAUGCAACCAGAAAUGCCUAUACCUAUAGCAGACGAAGAAGAAGGAGAAAAAGAAGAAUCCAUAGAUAUACUGGAAUAUACGAUGAGAGAUCCAGUACUAUUUGGCGAUUAUAGAAAUGCUGUCAACGAAGAUGAACCUAGAUAUUACGAGGACUUAUUAGACUAUGAGGCUAUUUACUAUUUAUUCCAAGAAAUUAUAGAAGAAUAUAACGAGAGAAAACAGAAAUUAAAUAUAGUUUUGUUUGAUGAUGCUUUAGAGCACUUGACUCGCAUUCAUAGAGGAUUACGAUUAGAAAGAGGUCAUGUGAUGCUUGUCGGUGUAGGUGGAAGUGGUAAAGCCAGCUUAACAAGACUAGCUGCUUUUGCGGCAGGCUGCGAAAUGUUUGAAAUAAUGCUUUGCAGAGGAUAUAACGAGACGAGUUUUAAAGAAGAUUUGAAGAAAUUAUAUUACCAAUUGGGUGUUGAUCGUAAGCCGUCUGUGUUUCUAUUUACUGCAGCUCAGGUAGCUGAAGAAGGUUUUCUUGAAUUCAUUAACAACAUUUUGAUGAUAGGAAUGGUACCAUCGCUAUUUACUGACGAAGAAAAGGAUCAGGUUAUUGGUUCUGUACGAACCCAAUCUCGCAAUGCCGGUUAUGGAAUACAUAAAGAUGGAGUUUGGCAGUAUUUUGUUCAUAAAUGCUGCGAUAACUUGCACGUUGUACUAUCCAUGUCUCCAUCAGGAGAUAUACUGAGUAAACGUUGUAGAAACUUCCCUGGUUUGGUAAAUAAUACAUGCAUAGACUGGUUAUUUCCAUGGCCGCAGCAAGCUUUGGUAGCUGUGGCAUCAGUAUUUCUGAAAGAAAACGUUAGACUUCCUGAACAAUACAGGCCUUCAAUAAUUGAGCAUGUCGUGCACGUUCAUAAUACUUUAUCAAUGUAUACUGCAAACUUUUUGACAAUUCUUCGCCGAAAGAAUUACGUAACGCCUAAGCAUUAUCUAGACUUUAUUCAAUCCUAUUUGAAGCUUGUAGAAGAGCACGACUCGUACAUCGUUGCACAAUGCGAGCGACUGAAAGGAGGAAUGGCAAAAAUUGACGAAGCCAGUCAGGAGUUGGACAUUCUGAAUUCUAAGUUGGCUAUACAGAAAAUUAUAGUUGCAGAAGCAACUGCAGCGUGUGAAGCUAUGUUGUCCGAAAUUCAAAGUGGAACGGAUAUUGCAACGGAAAAGAAAAAUAUUGCCUCACAGCGAAGCGGUGAAAUCGAAGAGCAAAGGAAAGUAAUUGUUGUUGAGCAGGCAGAUGCGGAAGAAGCUUUAUCUGAGGCAUUGCCAGCAUUAGAAACUGCACGAUUGGCUUUGGCGGAUCUUGAUAAGUCUGAUAUUACAGAAAUUAGAUCAUUUGCGACUCCCCCAGAAGCCGUGCAAGUGGUCUGCGAGUGUGUGGUGAUUAUCAGAGGUAUUAAAGAAGUAAGUUGGAAAAGUGCAAAGGGAAUGAUGUCGGAUCCGUCAUUUUUAAAGUCUCUUCAAGAAUUGAAUGUCGAUGGAAUCACACAAAAGCAAGUGGCUGCAGUUAAAACUCAUUUGAAAAAAUCAAAUAAAUUGGACGAUAUGGCAAGUAUCAGCAAAGCAGGUUUUGGACUCCUGAAGUUCGUUACUGCAGUAUUGGGCUAUUGUGCAGUUUAUAAGGAAGUAAAACCUAAAAAGGAGAAAGUGGAACAACUACAGCGUGAUUAUCAAGCAGCGAUGAAAUAUCUUCAGAAGCUAAAUACUGAGAUUGCCAAACUUGAAGAAGAUUUGUCAAAGUUAAAUGAGAAAUAUUCGAUUGCGAUGAAGAGACGAUUAGAGCUUCAAGAAGAAACAGAUUUAAUGAUGAAACGAUUGAUUGCAGCAGAUAAGCUUAUUACAGGAUUAAGUUCAGAAAGGGCUCGCUGGUCAGAAGACCUCAAGAAACUCUAUCAAGAGAAAGAACGCAUUGUUGGAGAUUGUCUGCUUUGUGGUGCAUUUCUGAGCUAUACAGGACCAUUUAGUUUUGAGUUCAGAAGGGAAAUGGUAUACGUAGAUUGGCAAUCUGACAUAUUGCAAAGAGAAAUACCGCUGUCACAGCCAUUUCGAAUAACUAUGCUUACUAAUGAUGUCGAAAUCAGCCAAUGGGUUUCUGAAAACCUUCCACCGGAUGAGUUAUCAGUGCAAAAUGGAAUAUUAACAACACGCGGUUCAAGAUUUCCCGUUUGCAUAGAUCCACAACAACAGGCAUUGAAUUGGAUAAGGAAACGGGAGGAAAAAACCAAUAUGAAGGUUCUUAGUUUCAACGAUUCUGAUUUCUUACGUCAUCUGGAUAUGGCCAUUAAAUAUGGAUUGCCAGUUCUUUUCCAAGACGUCGAUGAUUAUGUUGAUCCGGUUAUUGAUAAUAUUUUGGAGAAAAACAUAAAAGUUGUGAGCGGGAGAGUCUUUAUCAUACUUGGAGACAAGGAAGUCGAUUAUGAUCCAAAUUUCCGCAUGUAUCUAACAACCAAGUUGGCCAAUCCUAUGUUCAGUCCAUCUGUAUAUGCAAGAGGAGUUGUUAUUAACUACACAGUGACAUUGUCAGGAUUAGAAGAUCAACUACUCAGUGUUGUUGUGCGCAAUGAGAGGGCAGAUUUAGAAGAGCAACGUGAAAAUUUAAUUGCAGAAACUAGUGAGAAUAAGAAUUUACUGUCCCAAUUGGAAGACUCUUUGUUGCGAGAACUUUCGACCAGUACUGGAAAUAUGUUGGACAACGUAGAGUUGGUUGAGACUUUGGAAAACACAAAGACUAAAGCGCAUGAAGUAUCAGUGAAAUUAUCAUUGGCAGCAGAAACUUCAAAAGACAUAGAUAAAUUGAGAGAUGGAUACAGGUCAGUGGCAAAACGUGGAGCCAUCUUAUUUUUUGUAUUGUCUGAUAUGGCAUCAGUCAACACAAUGUAUCAAUAUUCAUUAAGUUCGUACCUAGAAGUAUUCGCUUUUUCCUUGAGAAAGGCUUUGCCCCAUAAAGUAUUAGUCAAACGGCUAUUGAAUAUAAUUGAAACUCUCACCAAGAACGUGUACGAUUAUGGCUGUACAGGCAUCUUUGAAAAGCACAAAUUAUUGUUUUCAUUCCAAAUGACUACCAAGUUGCAAUUGAAUGAAGGACACAUGUUACAAUCGGAACUAGACUUUUUCAUUAAGGGUUCUGUAACAUUGGAAAGAUCAACGAGAGCGAUUCCGGCCAAAUGGAUUUCAGCUCAGGGAUGGGAAGAUGUACUGAAAUUAUCCACGCAGUUUGAUGACAAUUUCUCGAAGUUACCACGACAGCUGGAAGAGCACAUUGGCAUUUGGAAGGAUUGGUAUGAUUUGGAUGCUCCGGAGGUCUCUUAUAUACCAUUUGAUUACAAAGAAAGGUUACCGCCGUUUCAAAUUUUGAUGUUACUGCGCUGUUUUAGAGUAGACAGAGUUUUCAGAGCUGUAGGCGAUUUUAUUACGAAGGUGAUGGGAGAAGAAUAUAUCAUGCCUCCGGUUAUUAGUUUGGAUAAUAUAUUUGAACAAAGCACGCCAAUGAUGCCAGUUGUAUUUGUGUUGAGUCCGGGAUCUGAUCCCACAGCAGAUUUGAUGAAACUUGCAGAAAGAUCUAACGCUCAAUUUAAGUACUUGUCACUGGGACAAGGACAAGAACCGAAUGCAUUGCUCUUACUAGAAGGAGCCAUCCAGAGGGGACAUUGGUUAAUGUUCCAAAAUUGCCAUUUGUUACUCUCGUUUAUACGAUCUUUAGAAAAACAACUAGAGAAGAUCAGUAAGCCGCAUCCAGAUUUCCGUCUUUGGUUAACUACGGAUCCCACAAAUGCAUUUCCAAUUGGUGUACUUCAGCGUUCUCUGAAAGUAGUCACAGAGCCUCCAAAUGGAUUAAAGUUGAAUUUAAGGAACACUUAUUUCAAAAUUCGUCCGCAAACUUUGGAGAGCUGCGAACAUCAAGCUUUCAAACCUUUGAUAUUUGUGCUCGCCUUCUUCCAUGCCGUUGUUCAAGAGCGACGAAAAUAUGAUAAAAUUGGUUGGAAUAUAUGCUACGACUUCAAUGAAUCUGAUUUCAACGUUUGCGUGCAAAUAUUGGAUACAUAUUUAAGUAAAGCGUUGGAGGCUAAAGAUACAAGAAUGCCAUGGAACAGCUUGAAAUAUUUGAUUGGAGAGGUCAUGUAUGGUGGUAGAGUGAUUGAUGAUUUUGACAGAAGGAUAGUGAAAUGUUAUAUGGAUGAAUAUAUGGGAGACUUCUUAUUCGAUACUUUUCAACCCUUCCAUUUCUACCACGAUGAUCAUGUGGAUUAUACUAUACCUAUAGAUGGUGUAAAGGAAGAUUAUAUAGCUGCUAUUGAUGAAUUGCCAUUAGCUAAUAGUCCUGAAGUAUUUGGAUUGCACGCCAAUGCGGAAAUUGGUUAUUACACACAAGCCACCAAAGAAAUGUGGAAACAUCUAAUUGAACUACAACCACAAACAGGAGCGGUUGGAUCUGGAAUAAGCCGGGAGGAAUUUAUACUGAAUGUCGCCAAUGAUAUAUUGGAAAAGAUUCCAGAACCUUAUGAAUUAUGGAAAGUGCGAGCAAGCUUCCAACUGACUAUGACACCAACGAUCAUAGUGUUGAUUCAAGAAUUAGAGAGAUUUAAUAAGCUAAUUAGGAAAAUGAAAAAAACCCUAAAGGCUCUGAAACGUGCUUUAGCCGGAGAAAUUGGAAUGGAUUCUAUCUUGGACAACGUAGCAUACUGUUUAUUCAACGGUGAACUGCCUACUUGCUGGAGGUUAUUGGCACCGGCUACUUGCAAGAAUCUCGGAGGUUGGAUGGAUCACUUUGAGAAGAGACAAUUGCAAUAUUACAAUUGGACAGUACAAAGUGAUCCCAUGGUUUUAUGGUUAUCUGGACUGCACAUUCCAGAAACGUAUUUGGCCGCUUUAGUGCAAAUUUCCUGCAGAAGAAAUAAUUGGCCACUGGAUAGGUCUACUCUGUACACCAGUGUUACACAUUACUUGGAUCCUCUUGAUGUUGAAUCAAGGCCAGAAACAGGAACUUGCUUAUUGCACGGAUUAUACUUGGAAGGAGCGAGAUGGGAUGUGCGCGACAAUUGCUUGAAGAAGUCUUUACCAAAGAUAUUAAUAGAAGAGCUUCCGGUACUUAGUGUAAUACCGAUUGAAGCAUUUCGGUUAAAGUUGCAAAAUACGUUACGUACACCAGUGUACACUACUUCCUUGAGGAGGAAUGCGAUGGGCGUUGGAUUAGUUUUCGAAGCUGAUCUAGGAACUUCCGAGCAUAGCAGCCAUUGGAUUUUGCAAGGGGUGUGCUUAGUAUUAAAUACAGAUUGAAAG